AUGUCACUGACAGCGCAGCACCAUGAUUUCAUUCAGGCCGGUAUCUUUCUCAACAGCAAUCAUCUUUCCCCCGAACUACUUCAUUACACCAUGCCUCAGCAUGCCCCACCAACCAUCGCUCUCUCUCUCUCCCGCCCUCCCGCCCGCCUCCCCACAUCUAUCCUCAUCUUCACACGCUUACCUCACUCAAACCCCUUUCUCACGCCCCUUCCGCACACCCCUUCCCUUCUUCGCUCCGCCCUGCGCCCUGCAGCGCCCUCCAAUCGUCCCCGCGCGCGCGCAUCAUCAUCCGCGGGCCUCCCUGCGGCACCCGCGCGCGCAGCAGCAGCGCCCUUGCCGCGCGCGCUCUACAUCGUCCAGCUCCGCUCCGCGCCCCCCGUUGCCGCCUAUCACGGCGGCAUUCCCGGAUUCCCCGCCACUGCUGUCCUCCAACCCACUGAAACUAACACCCAAUCAUCCCCCUCUGCCUCCGCCUCCUCCGCGGCGUCAGCCGGCCCUAUCCCUAUAUCAACCGCUUCGCACCGCGCUGCAUUCCGGCGGCGCGCGCGCAUCAAUUCGCGCCUGCCCGCAGUGCGCGCGUUCCAGCGCAUGCUGCGGCGCCAGCAGCGCCAAGUGGCCGCGGACGCGCGCGUGCGCUUAAAGAACGUCAUCUACAGCUACACGCACGUGGCGAACGGGUUCGCGGCGAAGCUGACGGCGGGGGAGGCGCGGCGGAUGCGGCGACACCCCGCCGUGGGCAGCGUGACGCGCAGCGGGCGCUUCCGCCUGCUCACGACUGCGUCGCCCGCGUUCCUGCAGCUGCCGCCGUCGCUGUGGGCGGCGGCGAGCGGGCAGAGCAGCGCCGGCGAGGACGUGGUGGUGGGCGUCGUGGACACCGGCAUCUGGCCCGAACACAAGUCCUUCGCUGAUGAUGGCAACAGCAGCUUUUUGCUACUUGCCACCCGGCACCCAUGCACGCCCUGCUGUCCCCGCCUAGACCCUUGCCCCUUCCUCUGCUACCUCUCUUCCCGCACCGCCACUCCCCCCCCUUCCUCCCAGGGCUCAUACUCCUCCCCGGCCACGGCCCGCUGCAUGGGUGGGCGAGGCUCGUACUCCGCGCCGCCCGCCACGUGGGUGGGUUCAUGCGAAGUGACGGACGACUUUCCCGUGGAGGCGUGCAGCAACAAGGUGGUGGGCGCGCGGUGGUUCAUCGCGGGCAUGCAGACGCAGAGCAAGGGGCAGGUCGACAUGUUCGGUGACUACCUGUCGCCCAGGGACGCCCAGGGCCACGGCACUUGGUGUGCGGGGUGCGUGGGGGAGGGGGGGGGGGUUGGGGGGGAGGGGGAGGGUGGAGGGGAGAGGGGGGAAGGGAGAGAGAGGGAAAAAAGGGAGGAUAUGCAGAGGGCCAUGGCAUGUGGUGGGGUGAGUGGGUGA